AUGUUUUCCUGGAUAUCUUCAUUAUUAUUCUUGGGACUUGAUCAUAAUAUUCAACAGGAAGAAGAAGAAGAAGAAGAUGAACCAUUACCAGACCAAGUCUUACCAGAUCAGUCACUUGAUUUGCAACAAUUAGAGUCACAAGAACCUGGGGGUCCAGAAGAAGAAGAAGACGACGACGAACAACCCCAGCAAUCUAUAGAAGUAUUUUCAAGCGGUACAGGAAUACACAAUAAUACUAUGGUGACGACGCUGGAUGAACAAUUUAGGUCUAAUCAUGAGCAAGUUACCUGUUUUUCGUUCCCUAAAAAUUCUAUGAUCAAGCCGUCUUAUAAAAUUAGGCUUGAGUGGGAAAGAAAACGACAAAAUUUUCGACACAGGAAUUUAAAAAAUAAAAACUAUUUCCCUUCUUUGGAAAAAAUGCGACAAAAACGUAGGGAACGAGAGAUAGAGAAAAAGUUGUUGUUAAAGGCAAAGCUUAAAGCAAGACAACAAGAGGAUCAGGAAUGGGACCGAUUACGAGAAGAAUCUGAAAAAGAACAAGAAGAAGUGGAGCAAGAAAUGAAGGCAAUGUUGAUUGAUCAUUAUGAAGGAUAUGAUGAGAGUAAUAAAAAUAAUUAUGAAAAUUUUUAUUUAAAUGUCUUUGGAAAGACGACUGAGCUUUUGAAUCAAGAAAAUGAUGACAACAAUAGGGUAACAGAGGCAAGAGAGACUUGUGAAGAGUCCUUUUAUAAGGAUUGCCAAAAAUUGGUGGGCUCAGAUAAUAAUUGGAAAAAGGAAAAAAAAGAAAAAAAAGAAGAGAGAGGCUUUAUAAUUGAUCAAGAAUUCAAUGGAAGUGUGAGUUUCAAAGAUAAUAAGAGCCACAAGAUGGAGAGUUUUAAUAGUGACAAUGGAAUCACGAGUGGUCGACAACAUUACGAAGAAAACAGUGAUAACAAUAGCAAUGAUGAGGAUGAUGAUGAUAUUGAUAGUGAUGAUAGUAGUGAUGACUUUUCUGCUGUAAUUAGUGCAAGCUUGUUAGGACACACAGGACCAAAUCCGUUUGUGGCCCAACAUGGGGGAUCUGAACUCGUGACAUUACUUGAACAACCCACGACCUGA